AUGGAGUCGCUGGCUUUCCCCUGGCGUCCGGGCCCGGCUCCCCCGGCCGCCGCCGCCCUGGCCGACGGGCUCAAGUCGCCCAAGCCGCUGAUGAAGAGGCAGGCGGUGAAGCGGCACCACCACAAGCACAACCUGCGGCACCGCUACGAGUUCCUGGGCACCCUGGGCAAGGGCACCUACGGCAAGGUGAAGAAGGCGCGGGAGAGCUCGGGGCGCCUGGUGGCCAUCAAGUCAAUCCGGAAAGACAAGAUCAGAGAUGAGCAGGACCUGAUGCACAUUCGGCGAGAGAUUGAGAUCAUGUCGUCGCUCAACCACCCCCACAUCAUUGUUAUCCACGAAGUGUUUGAGAACAGCAGCAAGAUUGUGAUCGUCAUGGAGUACGCCAGCCGGGGCGACCUGUAUGACUACAUCAGCGAGCGGCAGCGGCUCAGCGAGCGCGAGGCCCGCCACUUCUUCCGGCAGAUCGUCUCCGCUGUGCACUACUGCCACCAGAAUGGGGUUGUCCACCGGGAUCUCAAGCUGGAGAACAUCCUCCUAGAUGCCAAUGGAAAUAUCAAGAUUGCUGACUUUGGCCUCUCCAACCUCUACCACCAAGGCAAGUUCCUGCAAACGUUCUGCGGGAGCCCCCUCUACGCCUCGCCAGAGAUCGUCAACGGGAAGCCCUACACGGGCCCGGAGGUGGACAGCUGGUCCCUGGGUGUCCUCCUGUACAUCCUGGUGCAUGGCACCAUGCCCUUCGACGGGCAGGACCAUAAGACACUGGUGAAACAGAUCAGCGAAGGGGCCUAUAGGGAGCCGCCUAAACCCUCAGACGCCUGUGGCCUGAUCCGGUGGCUGUUAAUGGUGAACCCCACCCGCCGGGCCACCCUGGAGGAUGUCACCAGUCACUGGUGGGUCAACUGGGGCUACGCCACCCAUGUGGGGCAGCAGGAGGCUGCGCACGAGGGCGGGCACCCUGGCAGUGACUCUGGCCGGGCCUCGGUGGCUGAGUGGCUGCGGCGGUCCUCCCGGCCCCUCCUGGGGAGCGGGGCCAAGGCCUGCAGCUUCUUCAAGCAGCACGCACCGGGCGGAGGGGGCGGCGGCGCCCCCGGCCUGGAGCGCCAGCAUUCGCUCAAGAAGUCCCGCAAGGAGAAUGACAUGGCCCAGUCCCUCCAGGGCGACCCAGCUUCCGGCACCUCCCCUCGCCCUGGCAAAGGCGACCUCAAGCUACCAAAGGGCAUUCUCAAGAAGAAGGUGUCUGCCUCCUCGGAGUGGGCAGGGGAGGACUCUGGGCUCAGCCCGGCCCCCGUGAACCCGGGGCCGGCCGCGGCCCUGCCCCCCAGGAAGGGCAUCCUCAAGAAGUCUCGGCAGCGGGAGUCCGGCUACUACUCCUCUCCUGAACCCAGUGACUCUGGGGAGCUCUUGGAUACCGGGGACGUGUUUAUGAGUGGGGACUCCGGGGAGCAGAAGCCGCCCCAGGCCUCAGGGCUCCUCCAUCGCAAGGGCAUCCUCAAACACAACGGCAGGUUCUCCCGCACAGCCCUGCAGCUCACAGCGCCCACUACCUUCGGCUCCCUGGAUGAACUGGCCUCACCUCGCCCUCCGCCCCAGGCCAGCCGCCCCUCAGGAGCUGUGAGUGAGGAGAGCAUCCUGUCCUCUGAGUCCUUUGACCAGCUGGACUUGCCCGACUGGCUCCCCGAUCCCCUGCUGCGGGGCUGUGUGUCUGUGGACAACCUCAUGGGGCUUGAGGAGCCCCACUCUGAGGGCCCUGGAUGCAGGGGCCUGAGGCGCUGGAGGCAAGAGCCCCUGGGGGAAAGUUGCUUUUCCCUCACGGACUGCCAGGAGGUGACGGAGGCCUACCGGCAGGCCCUGGGGAUCUGCUCCAAGCUCAGCUGAGGGUGGGGGCACUGCCCCCCUGGACAGGCUCUAAGAUGCACCUGGCAACACCCUGAGGGGAGACACCUUCUCCCCUGCCUCCUGGGACCAGCAUCCCAGCCCAGAAGGCUGAGAUGGUUUGCCAUUUAGCCCUGAGGAGGGCUGGAUAUGGGGAAAAUGGACAAUGAAACGCACUGAGGGUUCAAUGUCCUCAGCCCUGAUGAACCAAGAAGAAAGUAGAGGGGAAAGGGUAGAGAAGUAGAGGGGAAGGCCCUCUGCUUGGACUCGUGGCCAAGUCCAGGUUUUCCUGUUCAUGUACACAGGGUAGGAGCACAGAAAUCUGGAAAGAGCACUCUUAUCAGUACCCAUCUCCUUGGCUGCAAUGAGUAGCUCUGUGCAUGGUGCCUUCUGCCAAGGUAGGGAUGGACACUUCACAUACACAUUCCCAUCCCUUCCAGGCACUAAAACUGGAAUAUGGAAAUUAAUGUGCCUGGGACAUCCUAGGACAGUCUCCCAGAGUGUGCCCUUCCUUAUUUCUCCCAGCAGUAAGAGAACACCGCCUCCAUUUCCUCAAAGGUUCUCUCCCUUUUCCUGUCCUCCAAACCUGGCCCUAGCCUCCUGGAGUUGCUGCUAUGAAUCUAAAAGACUUGAAAAGGCUCAGGCUGCUAUUGGACUUCAUCUCAAGGGGCCCAGAUUCCUCUGGACCCCACCUUGAACCUCAAAGGCUCUGUGAACUUUUCCAGCCUCUAAGCUGCUCCUGCUACUGAGAAUGGACGCAUCUAUUUCUCUGGGGUUUCAGGACCCUAUAGAAUGUCCUAUUUAUGUUUUCAGCAAUGUGUUCUUAAAACGAAUUUUGCUGUUUUCUAUAAUGUGAAUACUAUGUUCUGGAAAGUCCACUAUUCAUCUAACUUUUGUGUACAGAGAAAUAUUUUUGCAAUGAUUCUCUCCUGAUGAUGGGAAGGGGGACCCUUUUAUAAAUCUGCGUGUUCCGUUGCACUGUCCAGAGGGGUUCUCUGGCUCCCUCAUCAAUGCCCUGAUUCUGUCUACCUGAUGGUCCCUCUUCCCUUCUCUGUCCAGAAAAAACACCACUCUAUUAAAA